AUGGGUAGUCUAAUAGACGGCUUAUUCCUCACUUCAGUACAGCAGGCUGUACAACUCACACUACUGGAUAAUAAACCAUUGUUUGUAUAUAUUUCACUGUUGGAAAAUACGGAAUUAAAUGAUAAAUUUGUAAAUAAAUUCAUAAAUCAAGAACUAGUCAAUACAUUAAAAACAAACUUCAUCUUAUUGAAACUAAUCGAAAAUAGUACAGAAUUUGAAUAUUUCAAGCAAAUAUUUAAAAGUUUGAUUGUCCCAAGUUUUUAUAUUGUGAUGCAAGGAAAACUUGAAGCUGUUAUAACCGAUGAUACUACAUUAGAAAAUUUCAAAAUCACUUUAAAUAAAUUCAACAAAGUAGAGGAAACAACUACUGUAUCGCAGUCAGAACCUGCAAACCAGUCAUUGUCAAAUGAUAAUUCGCAAUCAACAAAUUUAUCAGAUCAUGACAUAUCGGUAUUAAAACAUAAACAAUUAGUAGCACAACAAAAGCAAAAUCAAAUCAAAGAAAAACAAAGGCUAAGGGAAUUAUUAAAAGCCGAUCAAAGAGAAAGAAAAAGUAAAUUGAAAGAAGAAAAAGAUAAGUAUAUAAAAGAAUCAAGCACUACACAUAACAAUAUCAAGAAAUCCAAUAAUUCUCAAAAUUGUGUACUAGCGAUAAAAUUAUUUGAUGGAUCAACUAUUAAAAAAGAAUUUAAAUCAACAAAUACUUUAAUUGAUGUAAGAAAAUAUUUAGAUGAAGAAGUCGAAAUUAUACCAUCGACUAGUAAUAUGCCUUCAUUUGCCAGUACAACUUAUUUAUACCCUACAGGUUACUCAUUCCACAGACCAACAUUACCCAGAGUCACCUAUACCGAAGAUCAAGAAUCAAAUUCAUUAAGUAACCUAGACCUAACUCCAAGAUCAAUUCUUAUUUUAAAACCAAUAUAUUCAGAAUCUCAAACUAAUAAUCAAAAACCUGAUAAUGAAAGAGGAAUAUUUAAAAACAUAUAUAAAGGAGUAGGUAAUCUAGGGAGUGCAAUAAUGUCAUUUUUUGAUUAUGGUAUUGAUGAUCCAAGAAAUAAUAAUCCUUUGAGUGGUAGUAAUCAAGAUUUACAUUUAACACCUUCAUCAACUCAACAUUCUCAUCAACAACAACAUCAACAUCAAACUCAUCAUCAUAAUGUACCGGAAAUUCCACCACCAGUAAUACCCGGAUUUUUAGGAAUAGGAGAUAGAGCAUUAUCUUCAUCAUUAUUAAGUAUUCAUGAAGAAAGAGAUAGAGAUAAUGCAUAUAUGUCUGAUUCUAUCCAUUCUGAUGUCAUUCAUGAGGUUCCAUUCGAAUCUAGAGCUUCUAGUCCUAGAUUUAAUGGUAAUAGUGUAAAUUUGAAUGAAAGAGAUGAAGACAAAUGA